GGGCCUAAGGUUGAAGUUUGGCGCUAGAAGGUUUUUAAGACAAGCUUCCGUGCUCCAGCUGAAGGUAUCUCUCUCGCUCCGGCUUACGAAUUCCUGUUUGAAGCUUGUAAACCAUCUGCUGGCUGAGUAGACAUGGAAGCAGUUGAUGCUGACCUUGAGCUGCUAACCUCUUUGUUAGAAGAAAAUGAGGCUGCUGAGAGUAAUAGUGUUGAGAGUCAUGAAGCCUCAAGUGAGCUUGAUGAAUAUGAUGAACUCUUUGAUGGCGAUGAAGAUGGAUCCUAUCAUGAAAGUGAUAAUGGAACUGAAGAGCAAACAGUGGAUGGUGUUGAAGAAAAUUUUGACACACUAUUUGGUGACAUUGAUGAUAUUAAUGAGGAGGAAACAGUUGCACCUGAUACCAAGAAGCAAUCUUCUGUUUGCCAGGACAAAUCAAAACAUGAAUUAGAAGAUGAACUAAGAAAGAUGCAGGAGCAGAUGAGGAAAUUGCAGAAACAGUUACAACAAACAGCACUUGCAAAAACAUCAAGCCCUGGCAAUCCAAUGAAAUCACCAGAUAAUAAACUGUUACUGUCAGGUAAAACAUUCCAGUCAGGCCCUUUACUGGAAAGAAGUCUGACUGUCCCAAAGGCCAAUUUACAAGAUACUCCCAAAAGGAAACAGAAUCUUCAAGAUAAAAGCCCACUUCAAAAGCAAAUGACCAGUUUCUUAUCUCCUCCUGACAAAUCUUCUACCAGACCUGUCUCAUCAACAGCAACACAGCCUGUGCUAAACCCAGUUAGAUCCCCCGUUGGUCAGCAAUAUCCUGUGGAGAAAUUUUCUGGACUAAGACUAAGGAAACCACGAGUGUCCUCUUCAGAAAUGGAACGUAAAAUGAACGGGCGUAAAUUGAUCAGAUUGGCUCAGCUGCAGAAUAAAAUUGUAACUGAAAAACUGGAGGAUGAAGAUUGGGUAACAUUUGGUGUAAUAGUAAAGAAAAUUACUCCUCAGAGUUCAAACAAUGGUAAGACAUUCAGCAUUUGGAGGCUGAAUGAUUUGAAGAAUUUGGAUAAAUAUGUAUCCCUCUUCUUGUUUGGCGAUGUCCAUAAAGAGCACUGGAAAACGGAUCAGGGAACUGUUAUUGGUCUUCUUAAUGCUAACCCAAUGAAACCAAAAGAAGGCACCGACGAGGUUUGUUUAUCUGUUGACAAUCCUCAGAAGGUUUUGCUCAUGGGGGAUGCAGUGGAUUUAGGAACCUGUAAGGCCCGGAAAAAAAAUGGAGAUCCGUGUACACAAAUGGUCAACCUGAAUGACUGUGAGUACUGCCAGUAUCAUGUCCAAGCACAGUAUAAAAAAGUAAGUUCCAAGCGAGCAGACCUUCAAUCAAGCUACUCUGGUCACGUUCCUAAAAAGAUGGCACGUGGUGGAAAUGGUCUAAGAGAGCGCCUGUGUCAAGAUGGAUUUCAUUAUGGAGGUGUUUCUUCCAUGGCAUAUGCCACAACACUAGCAUCUACUACAGCACCCAAGAAAACUGUCCAGUCAACUCUUUCUAACAUGGUUGUUCGUGGAGCAGAAGCAAUAGCACUUGAAGCAAGGCAGCAGAUUGCUGCAGCAAGAAAAAAUAUGGUACAAUCUGACGAAUUCAAAGAGCUGAUGACUUUGCCGACACCGGGAGCACUAAACUUGAAAAAACACUUUUCUGGUGUUCCUACUCAAGCAAAUGAAAAAGGAGGCCAGCCUUUUCAAUCCAUAUCUGCAUCAGCUCUUUUAAAGCAGCAGAAGCAGCAGAUGCUGGGUGCAAGAAAGAAAAGAGCAGAAGAGAUUCAGAAGAGGUUUCUUGAAAGCACAGAAAAAUCAGAGAAAUCAAGUACAUUGGUAUCUUCUGAGCGCUCAGUAUUUCAGUCCCCAAAACAAGGUGCAGAAUUUCCAAAUGCACAGAAGAUGGCAACACCCAAAUUAGGCCGCGGCUUUGCUGAAGGAGAGGAUGUUCUCUUUUUUGAUAUUUCUCCUCCUGCUGCCAAGUCAAAUACUUCUGCUCAAGCUACAAAGCUAGCAGCUAUUCAGAAGCUACAAGCAAAAGGACAAACCCUCACCAAAGCUGAUCCAAACAGCAUUAAACGCAAGCGAAGUAGUUCAGCAGAAGAACUGGUAGCUCAGAGAGUGGCAUCACAUGCACCUGCAUCAACUAAAUCUCCAGAUGAGAAUGAGCCAGCCAUGAAAAAGCACAGAGAGCAGUUGGCAUAUCUAGAGUCAAAAGAGUUUCAGAAGAUUUUGAAUGCCAAAUCCAAGCACACUGGCAUCCUCAAGGAGGCUGAAGCAGAGAUUCAAGAACGUUAUUUUGAUCCCCUUGUAAAAAAGGAGCAACUAGAAGAGAAAAUGCGAAGCAUCAGAGAGCAAGAAUGUCGUGUAGUUACUUGUAAAACGUGCAAAUACACUCACUUCAAACCUAAAGAGACAUGUGUUAGUGAGAACCACGACUUCCAUUGGCACAAUGGUGUGAAAAGGUUCUUUAAAUGUGCCUGUGGUAACAGAACUAUAUCCUUGGACAGAUUGCCCAAGAAGCAUUGCAGCACUUGUGGCCUCUUUAAGUGGGAAAGAGAUGGUAUGCUCAAGGAGAAAACGGGACCAAAAAUAGCAGGAGAAACACUUUUGCCAAGAGGAGAAGAACAUGGCAAAUUUCUGAAUAGCCAUUAAAUGAAUGAGUGGGUGGAAUGAAUAUAUUUUAUUUAAAUGGUCCACAUAGUUCAUUCUAUCUGUGUGGUGACAGAAAUGAAUCAUGGGAUGGAAAUACACAAAUAUUGCUGCUGUUUGUCUAUAUUAGACAACUUUUAGUGUAACAAUUAACCUCAGUGGAAUGUUUCUAGUAUACUAGCUAGUAAACAUUCUUUACAUGUGAUCCUUUAACCUCAUACCUCAUCUCGGUUACAAGCUAUAGAUCUUGGGCUACAUGUUUGUGAUUUUUUUUUUUAAAUGCAGGGUAGAUGUUGUAAAUAUGUAUAUGUUGUCAUUUUUUUUUAAGAGGAUGUUUUUAAUUGUUACAUGUAGAGCAAGUACAUUAUGCAGAAUUAAUUGCUUCUGGACAGGUAUUAGAUACACAUUUAUAAAGCUAACAAUAAAAUGUUUUAAAAUAA